AUGCCGAGGAGUCGAAUACAGACAGGGAUCGAUGUGCUUGACUGGGGCCAAUUGAAAAUACCGGGCGAGCUCAGUCUUAGCUGGUACACCGACAACCUUGGCGCAGUGAUUCCAGACAAAUAUCAUCCGAACAGGAAAGACAUCACGGACCCCUUCCACAGAAUCCUGGACCGAGCUUCCAAGUAUCACAAUGACACACGGCCUCCUGGAGUGGAGGCGGUGACGAUCUACGAAAGGCCGAGGUUCAGGACAACCUGUCGACAGCUAGCUUCCCUCAUUCCAGCUGAGUACUUUCCACCGGAAGGGAGCAAUAUUGUACGAUUCUUAGAGGGGGUUACAGGCUACACAAGAGAAAAAGCUGGCAUGAACCGUUACACCCUUCCUCGACCAAAUCGCAGCUCUUAUAUAACCCCAACUUUGGCGGCGGGCACACCGCAGUCUGCAGGACUUGCGACUCCUAAGACGCGUCAAGCCAUAAAGGAGGAGCCUGCUCGGGACUCUGCCGCAGUAGCAGUGAUUGCUGGAUUUUCAGAAGAAAGUGCUAUAAACCUAGAUUCGGACGAAGAAGCGGACACCAUCCUACCAUCGGUAGAAAGUCCGGAGCACACCAAGAAGACGAAGAGCAAGGCUUCACCCAAGAAGUCCAAGAAGUCCAAGAAGUCCAAGAAAGCCCCGUCCUCAACGCCACGCAACCAAGCUGCCGAGGAUGAAAAUGUCCCCGAAGUCGCUGGGGUGUGUUCUGCAGAGAAGUCUAAGAAGACCUUGUGGAAGAAACGCAAGUACACGCAAGGUGCUGAAGAUGCGAACGACACUCAACUCAUUGAGGUUGCCAGCCCUGUCGAGAAGAGAGAGCCGUCCGCUUCAAAGAAGCGCUCAAAGAAACUCAAGAGGUCAGAAGAAGCUGCCGAAGCUGCGGACGAUUCCCACGCCACUGACUUUGUUACCCCUGAAGAAGCCGAAGACCCUUUCAAGUCUAAGAAAUGCUCCCAGAAACAGCAGAACAACGGGCAAGUCACUGAGAGUGUCCCCUGCGGGUCUACUAAGCCCUCAGCUUCAAACAAACGAAAGAGGCCCAAUGAAGUCGCCCAAAGUGAGGAUGAAACUCAACUUACAGCCGCCGCAUCCACCCAGUUCCAAACAUCAUUCACUACAAAGAAACAAAAGCGUGUCGGAGAGCCAGCUGGAAUCGAGCCCCUUGCCAAUUCAAUCGAUAACGUAGACGCCACGGCAUCCCAGAAGUCCAAGAAAUCCACAUCAAAGCGCAAGAAACGGGACUGUCCAAGUGGAAACAAUACGGAAACCGAACAGGCUGCGUCCGUACCAAGCAUCCCGCAAGCGAAGGCUACACUGAAGUCACCUCGCCUUAUUUGCGUAUCGAGCGAAAGCGAGAAUCCCUGGUACGAGCGGACGCCUUGGGCAUCGAGGGAUACAUCAUCCGAGUCCAGCGUCGAGAAGUCUCCCGUUCCAGUCAAGAAAAGCACGACCUUUACCCAAGGUGCUGUCGACGAAGAUAAUUCCGCCGAUGAAGCUGUCGACGAAACCAGCUCUUCUGACGAGGAUGGGGACGAGGACGAGCGACCUCGGGCGACUGUGCGCCGCAACACCGAUAAGAUGCUGACCGAAAAGCUAAUGGCAGACAAUCAAGCGCUGGUCGAGAAGCACAGAGAGGAGAUGGCCGUGCUCAAGCAGGCCGCGAAGGAGAGACGUCAGAGAAUGAGAGAGAGGUCCCAGGCGAUGGCCGAGGGCCACCAUCGACAAAUCGCCUCCUUGAGCUCCGAUCUCACGAGGCUAAAGGACAGGAAUCAGUCCCUCGAGGACCUGUUGUGCAAGGGAGCCGGCCUCAGUCCACUCGACCUGGAGCGAACCUUGGUUCGUGUCGGAGAGGGCCUUAACGGUUAUCGACGAGCCUUUCAGAUGGUCCACAAGUGCGAAGGGAGUAAGAUCAGGCCAGGGGAAACCAAGGGGUGCAGGUCCAACAACAGUCAGUUUGCAACACCAGCCACGUCAGUAAGCCGCACGCCAUCGAGUCUUCGGAACGUCGCCGUCGAACUGCAUACCGAACACGGGCCAUGCGCUAUGUGCUGA